GAAUUCACAACCAAGAUUGGAGUUGCUGCCAUGGCUGCUCCAGUAAAGGAUUUCAACCCAACAGACAGCUUGACUAACACUGUCAAUCAGAAUGCUUCGCUUCUUUCUCCAUACGCUGCAAGCUUCAAUUCUGUUCAUUCUGCCAUGACGAGUCCUGUCAUUCUGCCUUCUCGAAAGACCAGUUUAUCUUCUACUCAACUGGUUUAUUCUGCUCCUCAAACUGCUACAUCACAAGCUUCUAAUAGUAACAUUCUUCAACGCUCUUCCAGUUUACAUAACCAUGUUUCUAUCAUUCAAGCUUCUUCAAAUCAGUCUUCUCCAUUAUCUAAACCACCUACUAUUCACUACCAAUCUUCUCAUGGAACUCAUUCACAGGAUUGUUGUGGUCAUCUGGAUAGUUCAAUAUUAGACCAACGUCUUGCUUCUGCACUGGAUAAACAACUGUUACUUCCUAUUACUGAAAGAGCGUUAUUGUCUUGUAUUUACUCUAAUCUUGUUCAAGCUAUUCCCUUGUUCGUCAGUGCUGAUUCUGUGUCAUCAGAAACUAAUAUCAGGAUUGGCUCUACUUUCUCCAAAAUCACCAAUUCUGGUCUGUCUUGUACUCCUGCCAUCACGGGAGAAUCUCUUGUUCAUUUAACUAGCAACAUUAUCGGUAUUACUGAUCUUGUGUUGGUGCAACUCGUGGUCGAGGUUUUUGCUACAAGAAAAUGUGUCGUUGUUGCUGCCACGGGCGAUCACAUUAACAAUCUGGCUACAUACAAUCACAUUCCUCUCUGUCUGAUCCUUGAUCCACCUGUAGAUUCUCUAUCUGGUGUUUUUCUUCCAUUGACUCCUUGCUACAUGUCUACGUGUCCUUCCACAUUUAUAUGUGCAAGUCUUUCGUGUCCUUGCACACUUGCAGAGCACAAUCUACAGUAUGGCGAUCCCAUCACUACAUUUGCAGGUAGAUCUUCAAUCUGCGUGUCCCAGGACGGUCGACUCACUAAUGAAGCACCACCUACUUUUCAACCUCGAAUCACCGCACUGUGGAGAGAGACCGUUUCAAUCACUAUACUAGAAUCAUUUACUCCAAAGGAACGCAAGCGACAGGAAGUCAUUUUUGAACUCAUUAAUGGCGAGCGUGACUAUGUCCAGGAUUUAGAGGCUGUCAUCAAAAUAUUCAUGGAUCCACUCAACUCAGGAACAAUCAUCCAGAGUGAUAGGCGCGAUGCAUUCAUCAAGACUGUUUUUUUUAAUAUAAACGACUUGCUCACAGCAAAUCGAAAACUCAUCAAAGGAUUGAUUGCUUUGCAAUCCAAUUUGGUUGUAUCAGGUGGCAUUGGUGACACAUUUCUGGGUUUAAUCAAAGAGUUUGAGGCUUAUGUUGGCUACGGUGGCCAUCAGGAGUGCAUGGUUCGUCCUGAACUAAGAAAAUUACCCCUUGAGAGCUUCCUUGCCGCCCCAACAACACGAUUUGCUCGUUAUCCCCUGCUUCUUAAAGAAAUCUUGAAAUAUACUUCCGAUGAUCAUCCCGACUCGCUUCAAAUGACAAAAGCUAGAGACACACUUCAAGAAAUUCUUACACGACUGAAUAGAGAUGCAGGUCAUGCAGUCAAUCUGCUGCGGCUUGAAAAACUAUCCAAAACUUUUACUCCUCAAGAAAAUACUGAAGAUGCAUUGCGGCUUAUGAGUCCUGGCCGUAUAAUCAUACGAGAAGGAAAACUAACUCUUUUACGGCGACCCAACAAUGACUGCGAAGUAACUGUUUUUUUAUUUGACCAUAUGUUAUUGGUCGUUCGAGAAAAGUCGAAUGGCCUCUUGAAAAUUAUACGACAUCCAUUCCCACUUGAACUGGUCACUGUAUCUAGGGAUCAGUUCACUUCGGCAAACUUCACAUCCAGUUUUUCAGAAGGACAACUUAAAUCCAGACACAAAUCAAUCGACUAUUCUAAACUUCCUACGUUUGAAAUCUCAUUUGGUGGUAGAGAUAGUGGCACACUAUCUCUCCAAGCUGUAAAUCACUCAGAGGUUGAAUCAUGGCAGGAAGCCAUUGAAAAACAAAAAGCAGUUCGCAAAAUUCAAACAAGCUACAUCUCAUUGACUCCAUUAUGGCGUGGUCCAAUCGAUACUGCAAUUCCCGACGCAUUCCCUACAAGUGUGAUAACGUGGGAAGGCUAUAUCAUUGUAGGUGGAUCCAAUGGUGUUUAUAUCGCUGAUCGAGACAACUCGAUAAAAAAAGCAAAUACAUGGACUGGCCCCAUCGAAGUAGCACCCUCCAUACCAACACGCUUUGGAUUAUCGAUGCGAUCAAACUCGAUCUGUUCAGUACAAUCUUCUGAAUUUACCAAGAUUAUUGAUAUGAAGCGGGUCACUAAAAUUGAUAUUCAGAUCGAGUCUCAGUCCAUGUUGGUUCUUGCUGACAAGGUCUUAUAUACAUUUCCGAUAGACAUUAUUUAUAAAAAUAACGCACCCCUUACUAAAGGUCGUCGAGUCACGUCCCCCGUUUCUUUUUUCAAACAAGGUAUACUAUCUGGCGAGCCUCUAGUGUGUACCGUCAAUUCACAGCCACUCAAUUCCAGUAUCAAAAUAUGGAAACCUUCAAGUGGAGGUACUGCAAACCCAAUUCGCUAUCGACUCGGUCGAUUUUUUCACAACAGCAAUCGCGAUAUUCUGAAUAUUACAGAGUCGUUGCGUGUUCACAAGGAACUUUAUGUUCCAUCCGAGAGUCGAUGUGUAGAUUUUCUCAACUCUAUGCUUUGCAUUGGCUCGACCAAAGGCUUUGAAAUGAUUCAGCUCACGACUUUAAAAACUCAAGGCAUUCUUGAUCACCGUGAUAAAUCUCUUAGCUUUGUCCUUAAUCGCGAGCACCAGACACCUGUAGCCAUUUUCCGUCUUCCUGAUGCCUCUUUUCUUCUGUGUUUCCAAGAAUUUGCCAUUGUAAUUGACAAAUUUGGUCACCGCGCUCGAGGUCAAUGGAUUAUAUCUUUCCAUGGCUCGCCGACCCAUUUUGCAGUUGUGGAUCAAUAUUUGUUUGCGUUUGACGAAUCAUUUAUUGAAGUUCGAUUGAUUGAAAGUGGAUCUUUGGCACAAAUUUUAACCGCAGAGGAAAUUUGUGACGAUAUUGCUGGUACGGGUCAUGGCAAUGCACUGGAUACCGAUUCUUUUGAAGACCAUCCAACUGUUGGUGCGACUGCCACGCCUGCUGUGAGAAAACUCAGGCCGUUGAAUGUUGCACCCAAGCAUUUAUACUUGGCUGCUGGAUCGUUACUGGGUGUUUGGCUUUCACUCAAGCCAAUCUCAUCACAAAGCCACGGUGUUUGAUGUUAAUUUGACUAUACUGUAUCAUUUUUAACCUGAAUCAUUCAACCUUUCAUUAUUAUUCAUGAUUAAUGCCAUCCUAUCUGUACGUUUUCAAUAAAGCGCAAGGUUUUAUGAU